GCGAUGAAUCUCCUGCUCAGUCGGGCCGCGCUCGCGUGGCGGGCCCUCGGGCGCUGAUGGGGCCCUGCUUGCUCACGACGGUGCCGCUCGACACCGAAGAGGACUCGCCAACAGAGGUCGAGGUCUACCUGGUCGACUUCACGCUGAAGGUGCUGGGGCAGCUACAGCCCCUGGCGGACGCGGACGACGAGGAGGAGGAUCUGGAGGUCAUCCGCUUCGACGCGUCAGAGGCCCUGCCCGAAGCGACGGCCCUUGUGGAGAGGGCCGAGGAGUGGUUGCAGACGGCGGGACUCGCGCCCCGAAUCAGCUACUACACAGCUUCGGAGGGGGAGCCUCUCGCGGAACCGAGGGCCAGCAGGUCGCCUCAGGCCUCGCCCUCGGGAGCGCUGCCGACCGAGGUGUUGUCUGCCCUGAUCGCCUCCACGGUGGCCGCCGCCCUCGCUCCCGUCAUGGAGCGGCUCGGCGCUCUGGAGCGAAGGCCGACAUGCGACGCCGCAGCCGCGGGGCCUCCGCCACCGCGGGCUGCGGGGGCUAUGCCGGCCUUGGCGCCCCCGGUAGAGGCGAAGGCUCCAGCGGGUGCCGUGGCGAGGCGCCUUCUCGCCACCACGCCGAAACGCCUGGGAGAGCCGGGGCCCAGCGCUGUUCGGCCACCGCCGCCCCCUCCUGCGCCGAUCGACGUGGACGCCGAGGACCUGAACGACACCCAGGCGCAGCUCUUGCUCCAUACCCAGGCGCUUGUGAGAGACUCAUGGGGAGCCAUGGCGCUGGCCCGAGCGGAGACGUGGCUCCAGCGAGCGCUCGAGGCGCAGUCUGGGGCGCUGUCGCUGGCGGUGAUCCGCAACAUGGCGAGGCGCCUGGGCCCCCUUCACGCUCCAGGGGGGGUGCCCGAUGCGCUGGAGUACUUGGAGCGCUUCGGUGCCUUCGCCGACAACUUCGCAGGUCGGCCCGCGGCGUGCCAGGCCACGCUGACAGCCAUCGCGCUGAACCACCUGAUGCGCGGGGAGUACGACCAGGCCACGGACAUCGUGGCCCUGACGAUGGUCGCGCAGGAGCAGGCCACGCUGGACCACGGGCGGUGGACCACGGCCUGGCUGCUGACCUUGCAGGAGGACCCGCCGCCUGCCAUGCUCAGCCGCAGGACCGAGCAGGCCCCGCUGCGCGGCUUCUCGGCUCUAGCCGAUCCCGAGUGGACGACGGUGGCCCUAGCCUACCUGUCUCGCCGCGGGCGCCGCCGAGCGUGCUGGCAAGGAGCGAGGGCCCGCGCCUGCAACGUCAUCGCGAUGGCCCUGAACUUCAUGUGCAGCAACAGGCCGCAGUACCCCUCAAAGCGGGACCUCGGGAGACAGCUCUCCUCCAGCCAGCGGCUGAUCGUCGAGCGGAUCGAGCUGUUCCUCAGUGCGUGGGGCCGCGCUGCGGUUUCUUCAGACCUGCAGUGUGGCCGAAAGGGAUUUGCAAUUCUCGAGGAGAUCGCCCACCUGGCAGGGGCCAGCGGCGACCUCUUGCAUGGCUUGGGCCCUUGCCGCCUGGUGCCGGUGCCUGCUGUGCGCGCCAGGCCUGCGAGCUCGGUAGUGGGGCCCCUGGACCCCUCGCGAUUGAGGUUCUCGGAGGGCCUCGCCCGCUGGGACGCCCGGGACUUCGUGCCGCCCGAGCUGUGGCUGCCCGUCGUCGAGCCGCGCUGCCUGCGCACGUGGGCGCCUUCGCUUUCCUCGUGGUCCUGGCCUUCGGCGCAGACGGUGAAGGUCGGCAACGUCUUCAAGGGCGCGGAUCGCGACAGGCAGAUCUUCGAUCGCCGCGGGCCGAACUGGCUCGAAGGACUUCUACCCUUCUACCGCCAGUUCGCUGUCAGCGACGCGCGAGCGUCGACGAACGUCUGUGGCCGUGCCCGCGAUCUGCGAGCCUACGCGGACUUCCCCUCUGACCCCGCGAAGGCGCUGGAGGAGCGGGAGAAGGCCGCUGGCCGAGGCGGCGGGCCGGCGUCGGGCGGCGCAUCAGGACGCCGCCCGCGCGGCCCAGCCCCGCGCGUCCGGGGGUGCUUCGCCACUCUCCCCAUGGGCGACCAUGCAGCGGUGGGCCUGGCUCAGGGUGCCCACGGCGAGCUUCUCCGCCGAGGAGGCUGCCUUGCCGGCUCGGAGACGAUCCGCGGGAUGGAGCCUGUCCCUGACGGCCCCGUGGCGCAGGGCCUUUGCAUUGACGACUACUUCGUGGUGGAGCGGGUCUCCGUGCAGGGCGUUCGCUCCGAAGCUGGGGCUGGCGCGGCGCUGCUGGCCGCUGCCCGCCAGGCGUGCGCCCGGGAGGAGCUGCCCGAGUCGACCUCGAAGGUGGUGGAUCAGGAGCUGCUGGCGACGCUGGUGGGCGCCGAGAUCGAUGGCAGGCGGGGGCAGGCUCAGCGAGGGCUCGUCACCGUGGGGGCCCCGCUGGAGCGCCGCCUCGCCCUCUCGGCGCUGAGUCUCGCAUCGGCUCGCCUGAAGGCCGCGAGCGGGCGCUUGCUGGCCACCUUGGCCUCCUCGUGGAUUGCGGUCUUCGCCUACCGGAGGCCCCUCAUGGUGGUGCUGGACCGCAUCUUCAAGGUACCAGGCGUGGCCGAGGCGGGCUUCAAGACCCGGAAGGCCGAGGCCGCCGCCAAGCUGGGCGCCGUCUACGGCCUGUCGAGGCCCGUGAGAGACGAGCUCGUGCUGGCCUCCGUCCUCGCUCCGAUGGUGGUCACCGACAUCUCCGCCCCCUACGACGACAGGAUCUACGCCAUGGAUGCGUCCCCGUCGAAGGGGGCCGUGGUGAGCACUCCCGCUUCCGCCGACCUGGUCGCGCACUUCCGUCGGACAACUUCGAUGGGGGUCCUCGACGAGCCUGGAUGCCUGGACCACCCCUCGCGGCCCCUCGCCUUGUUCUACGAGUUCUUGGAGAUCGGAGGCGGCAGGGGCGGAGUCACCCAGGAGGCGGUCAAGCUAGGCCUGAUCUGUGGGCCCGUCCUGGAUUUGAGCUUCAGCGUUUGGUACGACCUUCGCGACCUGCGGCUCGUGGAGUGGAUCCUCUGGCUCAUCUGGUCGCGGCGAGUUCUCUUCGUGAUGAUCGAGCCACCGCCGUCGAGCUUCUCAGAUGCCCGCAGGCCAGGGAAGCGGUCUGGGGCGGCGCCCGAGGGCUUCGACCGCCCCGACCCCGCGGCGCACCUCGGCAACACCCUGGCGUUCCGCUGUCUCGCGCUGUUGCUGGCAGCGGACCUCGCUGGACUGGCGGGGCUCGUGGGCGUCCCGAGGCGGUCCAGGAUGCGGCAGCUCGCGGCUUGGCGACGCUUGCGAGCGCGGGCCUCUUUUUCGGAGAGCUGGCUCGCCUCCUGCGCCUUCGGGUCCGCCUUCAAGAAGGAGCUUGCGUUCAUGGGCGUGCGGGUCGACCUGACUGCGCUUCGCCGUCGGUGCUCUGGAGGUCACGUCCACCCGCCCGCCGUGAAGGCGGACGCGGCGGAGUCUGCUUUCUUCCCGAGCGGCGCGGCGGCGGCUCUGGCCGCGGUCGCCAGGGCGGCGGUCCGCAGGCUCCAGCUCGACGACGAGGGGCAGUACACCUCGAACCCAGGGUCCGAGCAGCUGAUGAUGAACGAGAUCCUCCUCACCAGCCGCUGGGAAGUGGACCGCAGCUGGCGCUGGAAACGGCCCGCUCACAUCAACCUCCUGGAGUCUGGCGUCGCGAAGAACUGGCUGGAAGGCCUGGCGCGGGAAGGGGGGGAUCGCCAGGUCUUCGGGAUCCUUGACUCCAGCGUCGCGAUGUGCUCUACAGCUAAGGGCCAACCCUCAGCAGCUCUUCAGCGGAGCCUCGGGCAGAUAGGAUCGUGGGAGGCGGCUUCGCGGGUGCCCGCGGCCCCCGCUCCGCUGGCGGCGCCCGCGCUGCUGCAGGCGCCCCAGAGCCGCAGCCGCUUGGGCGCGGUGACAGCGCGCCUACCUGCUCCUCUUCGGGAGUCGGCCGCGGUGGAGCGUGCCAGGCGCCGUCGGCGCGGGCGCGGGGCUUUCUUCGACCAGAGCGUCUUCGGCGGCUUUCCAGGGGAGGGUUGGCGCGCGGGCCUCGUGGCGUGCGUGGUGCUGAUCUUCUUCUGCUCAGGGGCGCGGACGUGUGAGGCCGCCUCGCCCGCUGGCGUGCCGGGCGGCGGGCUGGCCUCUGCCCGG